AUGUUUGAGAGAAAACAUUUUAAUGGACAAAUCAUCAAUAGACCGUGGUUAAUUUAUUCUGAAAUAACGGGAAAAGUAUUUUGUGGACCUUGUAGAUUAUUCCAAGAAAUUAACAAUGAUUUAUAUUUAGCAUCUGAGGGGUACAAUGACUGGAGAUCUGCAUCUGCGCGAUUAAAAGAGCACGAAAAUUCUUCAUGUCAUAAAACUUGUGUUGUUAAACUUAUGGAUAGAGGUAAUGUAACACAACGUAUCGAUUCAAAAUUAAUGGAGCAAGUAAAUCAAGAAAAAAUAUAUUGGAAAAAUGUCUUAACUAGAAUUGUAGCAAUUGUUAAAAAAUUAGCCUCACGUGGACUUCCAUUUCGAGGACACGACGAAAUAAUAGGAUCUGUAAACAACGGUAAUUUUUUAAUGAUUGUAGAAUUACUUUCUGAAUUCGAUCUCUUUUUAUCUCAACAUGUAACUCGAUUUCAAAAUUCUGGAAGUGGAAAUACUUCGUAUUUAUCAUCUACAAUAUAUGAAGAAAUUAUUAAACUCAUAUCUAAGAAAGUAAAAAACGCUAUUGUCGCUCAAAUAAAAACAAGCAAAUACUACUCGAUUAUCGUAGACUCGACACCCGAUAUUUCUCACAUCGACCAGUUAUCUUUUAUUGUACGUUAUGUAAAUGAAAAAGGGAACGCCAUGGAAAGAUUUUUAGGGUUUAUAGAUAAUGCAGGACAUAAAUCUGAAAAACUUACCAACAUUGUUAUUGAUACAUUGGAUUGUCUUGAAAUAAAUUUGAUUGACUGUCGAGGUCAGGCAUACGAUAAUGCUAAUAACAUGUCAGAGUCAUACAAAAGUUUACAGGCUAGAAUAAGAGAACUCAAUCCGUUAGCUUUUUACAUUCCGUGUGCAGCGCACUCAUUAAAUUUAGUGGGAACACACUCUGCCGAAACUUCAAGUCAAUCUGUCAAGUGUUUUUGUUUAUUACAACAUGUUUAUAAUUUUUUUUCGGCGUCAACUCAUAGGUGGUCAAUUUUAACGUCUCUUUUAAAAUCAAAUGCUAAAAUGGUCAAAAGUCUUUCAUUUACGCGAUGGUCUUCAAGAAAUGAUGCUUGCGUCAGCUUGAAUGAAUCUUGGGAUGAAAUAAUACAAGUUCUUAGUAUAAUCGAAUUGGAUAAAACUGAAAAAUCAGAAACAAUAUGUGAAGCUAGUGGACUUAGAAUACAACUUGAGAAACUGGAAAUGGCAUUCAUGGCUGUCUUGUGGGGUUUUUUACUUAAUAGGUUAAAUGCUGUAAGUAAAAAAUUACAGGAUGUUAACAUCGAUGUGUGUACAGUACUCGAAUUAUAUGAUUCAUUGAUUCAUUUAGUGAAUUCACAGCGAGAUGCAUUUGAUGAAUAUGAAGAAAAAGCACUAAGCAAAGAUCUAUAUCCAAAUAUUGAAAUUGCCCUACGAAUAUUUGUCCCAACACCAGCUACUAAUUGUACUGCCGAACGUUCGUUUUCGGUGUUAAAAAGAAUGAAAAAUUAUUUACAAUCAACUAUGUCGCUAGACAGAUUAAAUUCCUUGGCCAUAUUAACUAUAGAAAGUGAUUUAACAUCAUCAUUAGAGUAUGAAGACAUUAUUGAUGACUUCUCAAGAAUUAAAUCUAGAAAAAAACCUAUGUAG